AUGGUCUCUCACGCAGGCCCCGCGACGUCGGUGCUGUUUCUGCUCUGCUGCUUGAGAAGCUGGCUGUCUUCCCACACGUUUCCCAUCCAUUCCCUACCAGCGAGGGAAGUACAGAAAAUAGUAGAGGAGCUACGGUUCGUGUCGGAGAUGCUUUUGGAAAACUACGUGAAGGAAGAGAAGGUCGUGCCAACAUUCCAAAAUUACACACUGCCAUGUUUCACCCCCAAUGCCCAACCGCCCGACAACAGCAGCAGCUCAGACAUCCGGGCAUAUUUCAAGGCGAUCAGACAGUUUAGAGAUGACACGGCUGCUAUUGAUGAAGUUUUAGAGCAUCUCGACAAACUCAGACUUCAAGAUGCCCCAGAAACAGACAUUUCUCUGCCUACAGAUACCUUUGAACUGAAAUGCUUCAUCUUGACAGUCUUUCAGCAGUUUUCGGAGUGUGUGGACCACGUGUUAAAAUCGCUGACAGCUGAAGUCCAAUAG